AUGGAGUCAGAUAGCAAAAUUGACAUGAGCUUAGGUUUUCGGUUGCGUGUUUACACUCACUUGGUGUCGUGUCAAUCGUAUCCAUGCCCCAUUUCCACACUAAUAUUCCCAUAUUUAGAUGAAAUUAUCAAGCUCAACAGAAAAAAUCAAAAGCUAGGUGCCGGAAAACCCAGGGCUCGUGUACGUGGGUUGGGAGUGAAGCGAACUGCUGGACUUCGAGCUUCACUCGCUAGACCGAUGAAAUCGCGUCAGUCGUCUGCUGCACUCGCGAUUUUCCAGAAAGCUCGUCGGACAGCCGCAAUUGCAGCCAAGGUUGCUGCGGACGCUGCGGCGUUGGUCGCGCCGUCUGGAGUUCUUAGUCGAAACAACCGCCGAAUUGGAGGCAUGUCUCCCCCAAUUUUCUUCAAUAAUCGGAACUUGUGCCAAAAACUGGCGGUGGUUGGUGCUGAACAAUUCGCGUGUUUACCUUCGAUGUCAGCGACCCUACGGUGUGUGGAACGAUUCUCGGUGUUCUGGUUGCCAAACUGCUGUUUCAGCUCCUUCGACGUUGCUCGCCUCUGUCGUCAAUAUGAACUCACGACACCGAUUGACAAUUCCGGCGGCAGAAAUCAGCCUCCCAGGAUGCGCAAUUUGGCUGUUCGACAAAGAAUCUUGGCGGUGAAUCAGCAGAUCUAUCAGCGACAACGCCGUCGCCAAGAAGCCAUUAGUCGACGCCAGCAGCAGGCCCAACAGAUAAGGUUUACAAAUACCCGUCAAUCAACAAGAACUAACAAUACUAACGGCAACUUCCAGCAACAGCAGUUUACCCGCACCCAGACGGCCAGAUCCAGGACAUGGCGCGGAAACCAAUUUAACAAUCGGCAACUCGGCCGUCAGGUACAAGUUCGUGGAAGAAACGCGGUUGGGUUAACCGUUCAGACAAGUAACAAUAUACAGUCGCAACGCUACCAGCAGUACCUAGCCCAGGCUCGUGCCCUGAUUCGGGCGCAGCAAGAACGCCGCAACGAUAACUCUUUAUAUGUGGACGCUCCAGUACGCAAUCGUGGAUUCUCGCGAAAUGCCGGUCGUGGUCGUUUUAGACGUUGA